CUCCCGAGAUUUCAAGCCCUCCAAAAUCUCGCCGGAGAGACGCCCAGGCGAAGCUCUCCGUCCCAUCCUCUCUCCUCUCGGUCAUCCCGGCCGCCGCUGCCGCGGGCGAAGGUGUUUUUCGUGCCGCUUGCAAUGGAGGUUGAUUCAAUCCGCUUGCCUGCACCAGAUGAGAGGGAUUGGUCAGAGCUACCGGUCGACGCGCUCUCUGUAUUCUUUGCCAAGAUUGGGGCCAUUGAGAUUCUGAUGGGUGCUGGCCUUGUGUGCCACUCAUGGUUGGAGGCUGCCAAGGUCCCUGACUUGUGGAGAUCUCUCGACAUGACGCGCCAUAAGGUGAUCUUCAAGAAGACCAUCGGUGUCAUGUGCGCGAUGGCUAGGGUGGCUGUGGAUCGGUCUGCUGGGAAGCUCGAGUCGUUUUGGGCUCAGAAUUUUGUGACUUCUGAUCUACUGAAAUACAUCGGGGAGAGGACAACUUCACUGAAGAGCAUCCGACUGAUUGCAUACACACGUGUUCCAUGGAAAGAACUGGUCAAUCUUGCUGCAAAAUCUCCGUUGCUGGAGGACCUAGAGCACUCUUACAGAGAUUCCCUUGAAGAAUUCUUCGAACACCUUGGUUGCAAGUGCCCACAGCUGAGGUGUCUCCGGGUGAACAAUGACGGCUUCGUGUAUGACGAUGCCAAGUAUGACCUGAUGGACCAAGUUAUUGGCGACCACGACGACGACGAUGAUGAAGAAGAUGAACUCGAAUAUGGCCCUUGGGACUGGCCAUCCAAUAACAACGGCGUCGCCUUCGCCAUUGCAGAGAGCAUGCACGAGCUGCGUAUCCUUCAGAUCACAAACAACACUCUGACAAACGCCGGCGUCCUCGCCAUUCUUGACAGCUGCAACAACGUAUCCCCAAAUGACCAGCUCCGGGCAAGAUGGGCCAGUCUCAGGCAUUUCAAUCUUUCAGAAGGCUGCAGGUGGAGCAAUUUCAAGGAGCUCCGUGUCAUCGGCGAGGACGAAGGCCAAGAAUUCAGGCCUGAAGAUGAACUCUCUGAUGGAUUGUCCAAGGAGUUUUGCUACCCUUCCAAGGAUGCAGGGAUGGGGGAUGGUUGGGAUGAUGUUUACUGGGAUGAUAUCUCACUUCCUUCAGAUGAUGGCCGUGAUCCUGACCUGAGCAAUGUGAACUGUGACGAUAUCACCCAGUACACCUACCUCCAUGAUUACUAUUCUCUUUAAUUAGUUUGUUCUAAAAGAGAGAUUAUUAUCGCUUACUACGAGUGUAGUUUUUUUUUUUUUUGGAGACGUUUGAUAGAUAUUGCAGAGAAUUCAUGCAGCCUCUGCACCUAUAAUUUGGAGUUUGGAUUUUAGAUG